UUAUGUUGUUCUCAAUUGCAUACACUCUGUUUGGCACAAUAUUUUCUUCAAUCGGUUAAAAGUUACACUUUCUUUGCCCUUCCUCGUAUAUUCCGAACAUGUGAAAAUCAAACAAUGCUUCUGGGCCUCAUUUUUUAUUUCUCAUUUUAACUUUGAACUAACUAAAUAAGAAUGUAAAGCAUGUCUUUUAAUGUUUCUCACGAGGCACUGUCAUCUGUUGAAGGUAGAAGAAGCAUAAUGCAAAGUGGCGAGGGAGACAAAGAAAUGGAGGUGGGUUCAGUGGUGGUUGAAAAAGUUGGAGGUAGAUCAUCUGUGAUACGUUGCUUCUCCAGAUACCCCCUCAAGUUCAUCAUACCCAAAAAGGUGGGUUCUUCCAAAAUUGAUGCAGUAUGGGUUUAUGCCCUCAAUUAUGGAGGUGGAAUUGUAUCUGGUGAUCACAUUACAUGCAAGUUUUCUGUGGGAGAUGCUUGUACCAUGGUGUUAACCACCCAAGGUUCAACCAAGGUUUACAAAUCUGUUGGAUCUAUGUGUUCUCAACAAAUAUUAGAGGCUAGAGUUGGAAGCAAUGCACUAUUAGCCAUCAUUCCAGAUCCAGUGACAUGCUUUUCCACUGCAAGAUACUAUCAGAAACAAGUCUUCAGUGUGUCAUCAGACUCAAAUAUGGUCAUGGUUGAUUGGAUUACAAGUGGGCGACAUGAAAGUGGAGAAAAAUGGGAUUUUGAUCUAUAUAGAAGCACCAAUAAUAUAUUCUUAGAAGAUGGACAACCUUUAUUUCUGGAUACGAUGUUAUUAGAGAAAGAAAAAGUGGGAUGCAUACAAGAACACAUGCACAACUACCAAGUAAUUGCAAUGAUUGUACUCUUGGGGCCAAAGAUGGAGUAUAUCCAGAAUCUUGUGCAAGAUCACGUAAAAAAAAUUAUGUCUGAACAAUUACAGCAUCCUUCCACUGCAUGGAGUCACCAAAGGGACAAGGCUGAUCAUUUCAUUACAAAACCAAGCUUCAUAGCUUCUUGCAGUGCCUUUGGUCCCAAGAAAAUUGGUCUUCUUGUUCGAGUGGCUGCCGAGACAACUGAAUCGGUUUAUAAGUUUCUACGACAUCAAUUGGCUCCCUUGGAGCCAAUGAUAGGGACGCCACCAUACAAAUAAAGCGAAGUUAUUUCAUGAAAUAAUUGUAUUGGUUUUAAUUGCAGACAUGCAUGUAUUAUAGUUUUACAUUCCUUUUAUUCAUGCAUAUUAUAUUUCUAGUUAUCAAACUGCCAUAUAUUAAGGACAGAUUUUGAAUUUCACUUUA